AUGGCAGAAACACAACAGGCGGCCUCGAGCCCGCAAACUCUGGCUUCAGAAACUUCACAUGAAAUCCAACUGCGUUACGAAAUUUCCGCCUCGACCUUUAAGAUCCUUCGCCAGAUCAAAAGCAAGCCAGAUGCUCGUGACAUCUUGAGGAAUGCAUGCUCUGCCACCGAGUUCAAGUCGUUCCCAAUGAAAAAGGAGGAGACAGCCUUCUUCAGAGCAAUCAACGACAACACCGGCAUCCCCUAUCAAGUCAAGGAAUUCAUCUCCCAACCGUGGCACAAAGUAUACCUCUUGGUUCAGAUUGAUCUGCUCAAGACUGGUUGGCCCAACAAACUAUCGGGGUCUUCGCGAAAAGAGCUCUCAAAAGAACUCGCCCGCAUGUACAAACUCCUCGACCAUGUACUGAGGUGCCUCGUCGACAUCCUUGGGGAACGAGGCGAUGGAAAGGGAGUCUACGUUGCUCUUGAAGUGCUGAGGUGUGUCAAAGCUGGAGUUUGGGAGGGAAGCGACAGUCAACUCCUCCAAAUCGAGGGCAUCGGCCAAGCGAAAAAGGCCAAGCUCGUCAAGGCCAACAUCAAAAACAUAAAGCAGUUGUCUACGGUUGAAUUCUACAACAUUGAACGCAUUCUUAGUCGAAACCCUCCUUUCGGUCAGACUAUUCUUCAUAAAGUUGCCGGAUUUCCUCGUCUCACACUCGACUUUGAGAUGAUCGGUCCUUACAUUCCCGACGCGAAUGCCAACUCGAAGCAAACUGCUCCGCACGAAGACAACCGGUCUGCAACAGACACGACAAAACCCAGUCAACCUCUUUGGAUUGCUCGAGCUGUUCUCGGAUUCGACAAUGAGAAGUUACCUCACUGGAGGGGCCGCACACCCUGGCUCACAUUACUUGUCCAAGGUGAUGACGGACGACUUGUUUGGUUCUGGCGAGGAAGUGCUAAAAAGCUGGUUGACAAGAAAGAGAUCAUUAUCGGUUUGGGCGCCAAGCGUGACGAAAAACUGCAGGUUUCCUUUGCAUGCGAAGAGAUUGUUGGUACUUUGGUCAAAAAAGAUAUUCGAGUGUCAGUGUGA